UGUUGCCUGGCAACAGCGACGAACACGAGCCGCCAUCUUGAAAGAAAGUUGAUCCUGGACCCAAAGUUGUCAAAACACGCUAUCUGCACAUUUCUCGAGUCAACAUGGGCUCUACUUGGAUUUUAGCACCUUAGUUUUGAGGCUGAUCGACUCCUUCAGCUCAAGACAACCUGUUAAGUCGUCUGCAGAACUGAUUUUGACGCUGGAAACGUUUUCGAAGUUGUCUUGGAGGAGGGACAAAAGCAAAACAUGGCGGACAUCAAGCCCCUUCCACCAAUAAGGACCAAGGGAAAGAAGACAGAAGCACCAAUCAGAUUUUUGCCUGCACUGCCAGAGACACGAGCCAAACCAGCAUGGCAGACAGCACAGCCGUCGUUUGUCCUCCAUGGACAACCCACGGACGAGAUGGCAGAAGUUUUCGACCUCACCUCAGAACUUACCAAGGGAACCAAAAGAAGAAAGCUCCACCCGCGGAGUAAAACGUGGGACGGAGCCAAUGGUCACACAGAACAGAACGGGAUGCCGGACAUCAACGGUAAACAGAAGCCCGCCACGUUCUCACAUCCGCGCAAGGACAGGGAGUCCUUCAGACAAGCACUGGUCAACAUCAUCAUGCAAGCUGACACCCCUCCCAGCCGCCCUGCGUCAGCCAGUGCAGAGCUCCCACCUCUGGACAGACCAGGGUCUCCUACAGCUGCAGAAAAGGACAUUCUGCGUUAUUACUACUACAUUCACCACGGGAUCGACACAGACCAUGUUGCGCCCAUGGAGGACUCCUGGCUGGACCAUGUGCUGGGUCUUGUACCCGACAAACUCAAGCACUUGGAUGAGCUGAUAGAGAACCUGUCAGAUGAGAUGCGGGAGGACUACCUCCUGAGUGUGAAGAAGGCCAUCGUGGACUUUGUCCUGAGGGACCCCAGAGAGAAGGAUGAUGACAAGAAGGAGGAAGUCUUAGAACACAGAGCUGAACUUGACGUGGUGCCCAAACCGUGGAACCGGUCAUACCUGUCUGCGCUCGCCGCCAUGCAACAGGACUUGAACAUAACCAACCCCACCAUGUUGGCUGUGUUAGACCUGUGGCAUGUUUCCUUCGGCAACCUGCGGCUGGUGGACAUCGAGGAGUUUCACCGGCGCCCAGACUCCAUGGAGCUGUCGGUGUUCCAGAACCUGGUCAUGAAGCACAUCGAAUCAGCCAAGGAAAAACUACUCAAGAAGUGGUUCCCAGAAGUACAGAACAUCUACUACCAGGGUAACAAGAGGAAACAGGUGCCCAACAACCAUAACGGCCGUAAACUGGAGAUGUUCUUCAACUGUGCGGCCACACUGAUGACCUCUCACCUGCAGAGCCUGGCCCUGGCGUCCAUCCAGGACUACACUGACCUGCUGUGUCAGCCACCGACCUCUAUCCGGGCCUAUGAACACCCAGGUUUCGUGAUGCGGCUCAUUUUGGACAACGUGUCCAUCAAGUUUGAGCCUGACUUCAAGGACUUUGAGAUCGUCCUGCUGAACGUGUUUGAUGUGAUGAUCAAAGCUGUGAACGUGGUGCCCCGGGUAGAGACCAAACUCUACACAGAAUGGUCCGGGAACAGGUCCAAGGCGACGCUGAAGCCGGUGAUUCUGGACGAGAUUCUGGAGAACGCCAAGGAGAAGGUGAAGGAGAUCAUCGCGGCCGAGAGCGCUGGUCCUAACCAGCACCUCCGCAACUUCGACAAGUAUCAGUACCUCGUUAACAAGCAGGCUGAACAAGAUGUUGACCAGUUCUUGGCGGAGACUCACUCCUUCCCAGAGUACGCACAGGAAGUCAAGAAGUACCAGGAUCUCAUAGAUGACAUCACAUACAACUCACGCAAGGUGAUCAGACUGGGUAUGUUUGAGCUGCACUGUGAUGAGUUGAUCCGUGGCCUGGCCAAACGUGCGGAAACCCUGAUGAACAAACUACUGCAGCGCAUGUCCAGGGACCACCAGGAGGCCAACAGAAAGUUGUGUGAGGAAUAUGAGCUAAUAGCGGAGAAGGCUCUGACCACACCUGCCAACACACAGGAACUCAUGGAACUCAAGCAAUACAUUGAGAAGGUAGAGAAGCAGGACAUUGUAGAGAUGGACAAACGUUUGGAGGAGGCUAAGAACCGGCUGGUGUUCCUGGUGGACUGUACGCAGUUCUCGCCCGGAGAGAUGCGGAUGAACAACAACACCUUCCAGUGGCACACACGCAUGCCUGAGGUGUUCGAGGAGCACAAGAGGAUUGUUGGUGACAAGAGGGAGCAAUAUGAGGAAGGUCUCAAGCUUCGCCGUGAGCGUUUCACAGAAGAGCUGGAAGGCUACAACAAACAGCUGGAGGAGUUCAACACCUUCGGUGACCUGAACGAGAUCCAUCGCUACCUGAAGAAAGCUCAGGCCCUCAAUUCACGUCUAGAUGCUGCCGCAGAAAAGAUCGAGCAGUUUAACCAGGAGGAGGAGGCGUUUGGCUGGCAGACGACGGCGUAUCCCGGUCGCCAGAAGAUCCUGAACGUUCUCACCCCAUACCUGAAACUGUACGAGACAACCGUGGAGUUCAACAACAAGUACAAGGAGUGGAUGGAGGGUCCGUUCCAGGAGGUGAACCCUGACCAGGUUGAAAACGAUGUUGGGAACUACUGGAGAAACCUCUACAAACUGGAGAAGGGCUUUGAUGAUAUUCCAAAUGCACAGAAGAUGGCAAAUAAGGUGAAGACCAAGGUCGAUGAGUUCAAGGAACACAUGCCCCUGAUAGGUGCCCUGUGUAACCCCGGAUUGCGGGACCGGCAUUGGGAGAAGAUGUCCGAAAUUGUCGGCUACACCCUUCUGAGUGGCGAGGACAUGACAAUGGCCAAGUUCAUAGACAUGAACCUGGAGCCGUACCUGACCAAGUUUGAGUCCAUCAGUGAGGCUGCCAGUAAGGAGUACUCCCUGGAGAAGGCCAUGGAGAAGAUGAAGACUGAAUGGACUGAUAUGGAGUUCAACUUCAUCCCGUACCGUGAGACAGGCACGAACAUCCUGUCCUCCGUGGACGACAUCCAGAUGUUACUGGACGACCAGAUCGUCAAGACACAGACCAUGCGGGGGUCACCCUUCAUCAAACCGUUUGAAAAUGAAAUCAAAGAGUGGGAGGCUAAACUGAUGCUGACCCAGGAGAUCCUGGAUGAGUGGUUGAAGGUCCAGGCCACCUGGCUGUACCUGGAACCCAUCUUCAGCUCACCUGAUAUCAUGGCACAGAUGCCUGAGGAGGGCAGGCGGUUCAGCACCGUGGACAAGACCUGGCGUGAGCUGAUGAAACUGGCGCUGGUGGACAAACAUGUGCUGGUGGUGACGGACAUCGACAAGAUGCUGGAGAAGCUGCAGAAGUCCAACGAACUCCUGGAACUCAUCCUCAAGGGUCUGAACGAGUACCUUGAGAAGAAGCGUCUGUACUUCCCGCGCUUCUUCUUCCUGUCCAACGAUGAGAUGCUGGAGAUUCUGUCCGAGACCAAGGACCCAACCAGAGUGCAGCCUCAUCUGAAGAAGUGCUUUGAGGGCAUCGCUAACCUGGAGUUUACCGACAUCCUGGACAUCACGCACAUGAAGAGUAGCGAGGGGGAGAUCAUCCUGCUCACGGAGCCCAUCUCCACGUCCAAGGCCCGCGGCCAGGUGGAGAAAUGGCUGCUCGAGCUGGAGGGAAUUAUGAAACUCAGUGUGCACAAGGUGAUUGAGAAGUCCCUGCACGCGUACAAGGAGAUAUCACGAGAGGAGUGGGUACUGAAGUGGCCGGGACAGGCCGUUCUGGCCGUGACCUGCUACUACUGGACGUCCCUGGUUCAUACUGCCAUCCGCGGCGGUGCCCAGGCCAUGGCAGACUACCUGGAACAGAACAACCAACAGAUCAACAAAAUCGUUGAGCUUGUUCGUGGUAAACUGUCGAAGGGGAACCGUAUCACGCUCGGCGCUCUGGUGGUGUUGGACGUGCACGCCAGAGACGUGCUGCAGACCCUCGUGACAACCGGCGUCAGCAAGGAGAACGACUUUGAUUGGUUGAGCCAGCUGCGUUACUACUGGGAGGAAGAGAAAAUGGUGACUCGGAUGAUCAACUCCACUCUUGCCUAUGCGUAUGAGUACCUGGGCAACUCUGGACGUCUGGUCAUCACCCCUCUCACUGACAGAUGCUACAGAACCCUGUUCAGUGCCCUCCACUUGCACUUGGGAGGUGCCCCUGAGGGCCCGGCCGGUACUGGUAAGACUGAGACCACCAAGGAUCUGGCCAAGGCCGUGGCCAAACAGUGUGUGGUGUUCAACUGUUCUGAUGGUCUGGACUACCUGGCUCUGGGCAAGUUCUUCAAAGGCCUGCUGUGUACAGGAGCCUGGGCCUGUUUUGACGAGUUUAACCGGAUUGAUCUGGAAGUGUUGUCUGUGGUGGCCCAACAGAUCCUCACCAUCCAGAGAGGCAUCAACUCUGGUGCUGACAUGCUGACAUUUGAGGGCACGGAGCUGAAACUUGACCCCACGUGUUCUGUGUUCAUCACCAUGAACCCCGGGUACGCCGGGCGCUCCGAGCUGCCUGACAACCUGAAGGCACUGUUCCGCCCCGUCGCCAUGAUGGUACCGGACUACGCCAUGAUCUCCGAAAUCGUGCUGUACUCCUGUGGGUUUGUCAACGCCCGCCCCCUGUCUGUGAAGAUUGUAGCCACAUACCGUCUGUGCUCUGAGCAGCUGUCAUCCCAGCAUCACUACGACUACGGCAUGAGGGCUGUCAAGUCUGUGCUGACUGCUGCUGGCAACCUCAAGCUGAAGUACCCAGAGGAAAAUGAAGACAUCCUCAUGUUGCGUUCCAUCCUGGACGUCAACCUGCCCAAGUUCUUGGCCCACGAUCUGCCACUCUUUGAGGGCAUCACGUCUGACCUGUUCCCUGGUGUGAAGCUGCCAGAGCCAGACUACGGUGCUCUGACUGAGGCCAUCUCCAACCAGUGUAAGAAGAUGAACCUGCAGAUGGCAAGCUUCUUCCUGGACAAGAUCCUACAGAUCUAUGAGAUGAUGAUUGUGCGUCACGGCUUCAUGAUUGUUGGAGAGCCGUUUGGUGGGAAGACCAGCGCCUACCGUGUGCUGGCCGCUGCACUGUCAGAGCUGUGUGAAAAGCCCAAAGAGGAGCACGGAUCAGAUGACCUCCCCUCGGCCGGUGACAUGCUGGACAACAGUGAUGAGUACAUCCAGAAGGUUCAGAUCACUGUGCUGAACCCUAAGGCCAUCACCAUGGGACAGCUGUACGGAUCCUUCGACCCCGUGUCACACGAGUGGUCUGAUGGAGUUCUGGCCGUCAGUUUCAGGGCAUUCGCCUCUUCUCAGACCCCAGACAGAAAGUGGCUGAUUUUUGAUGGCCCUGUGGACGCCAUCUGGAUUGAGAACAUGAACACAGUACUGGACGACAACAAGAAGCUCUGUCUGAUGAGCGGUGAGAUUAUCCAGAUGUCUGCUCCCAUGAGCCUCAUGUUCGAACCCAUGGAUCUGGAGGUGGCUUCCCCCGCAACGGUAUCUCGCUGUGGUAUGAUCUACAUGGAGCCCCACAUGCUGGGCUGGCGGCCUGUCAUGCUGUCCUGGCUGAACACUCUCCCCUCCACCAUCACUGAGGCGCACAAAAAGAUCAUCACUGAACUGUUCGACCGCUUCUGUCCUCCCUGCAUGCAGUUCAUUCGCAAGGGUGGAGUCAAGGAGCUGAGUCCCACCAACGACACUAACCUGGCCAAGUCACUGAUGAACUUGAUGGACUCCCUCAUGGAUGAGUUCCAGGAUGAGGCCAAGGUCAAGGCCAUGGACGAGAGACAGAUCUGCUCCUGGCUGGAGUGCAUCUUCUUCUUCUCUGCUGUCUGGUCCCUGGGGGCCAGCGUGGACCUGAACGGUCGCCUAAAGUUCAACGAACUCUUCCGAGAAAUCAUGGAGAAUGGUUUCAGUGAUAAAGUUGCCAGAAUGAUAGAUGUGAAUCAGAACGGAGUUUCGGAGGAAGCGCGCGUGAAGUUCCACUUGUACGACACUGUGGACCCGCCCACCCGUCCAUACACGGUGCCUUUCCCCAACGAAGGUCUUGUGUAUGACUAUAGACUCAUCAAGGAGGACCUUGGUCGCUGGGAACGCUGGGUGGAGACCAUCCGCGAUGCUCCGCCCAUCCCGAAGGACGAGGUCUUCAACUCCAUCAUCGUCCCCACCAUUGACACCGUGCGUUAUACUGCUCUUGUGGAGAUGCUGGUCACACACCAGAAACCCAUGCUGUUUGUCGGCCCCACCGGCACAGGCAAAUCUGUCUAUCUGACUGACUUCCUGUUGAAGUUGAACCCUGACUCCUACAAGACCCUGAUCCAGAACUUCUCAGCCCAGACCAGCGCAAACCAGACUCAGGACAUCAUCAUGUCCAAACUGGACAAGCGCAGGAAGGGAGUCUUCGGACCCCCUCUGGGGAAGAAAAUGAUCAUUUUUGUUGACGAUACCAACAUGCCGGCCCGUGAGUUCUACGGUGCCCAGCCACCCAUCGAGCUGCUGCGACAGUGGCUGGACCACUGGAACUGGUACGACCUGAAGGACUGUUCCAUGCUCAAACUGAUUGACAUCCAGCUGCUCUGUGGCAUGGGACCACCAGGUGGUGGGCGUAACCCGUUGACACCUCGCUUCCUGCGCCACUUCAACACCAUCACGAUCAACGAGUUUGACGAUGAGACCAUGUCUACCAUCUUCUCACGUAUCGUGGACUGGCACUUCAACAUCAGGAACAGCUUUGGGAAGGAGUACUCCCCACUGACUGAACAGCUUGUGAAGAGUACCGUGGAGGUGUACAAGAACGCCAUGAACAACCUCCUGCCCACACCAGCCAAGUCACACUACCUCUUCAACCUGCGGGACUUCUCCCGUGUGGUGCAGGGUGUCCUCCUGUCGCGCGUGGACUCCACCGAGAGCCCUCAGGGGAUCAAGAAGCUGUGGGUGCAUGAGGUCAUGCGUGUGUACUACGACCGUCUGGUGGACGACCAGGACAGGGACUGGCUGUUUAAGUACCUGCGGGAGGUGGUGAAGAGCGAGAUGAAGGAGGACUUUGACACGCUGAUGCAGCGCUUUGACUCCAACAACGACGGGAAAGUGGAGGAAGACGAUAUCCGCGCCCUGCUGUUCUGUGACUUUGUCGACCCCAAGAACGACAAGAAGGAUUAUGUAGAGGUGAUGGACCUAGGAAAGCUGACCACGGUGGUUGAAGGUCACCUUGACGAGUUCAACAACCUGAGUAAGAAGCCGAUGAACCUGGUGCUGUUCCAGUUUGCCAUCGAGCACGUGUCGCGUAUCUCCCGUAUCAUCAGCAUCCCACGCAGCCACGCCUUGCUGGUGGGACUGGGGGGCAGCGGUCGGCAGUCUCUCACCAGACUCGCCGCACACAUGGCUGACAUGGAGGUGUUCCAGGUGGAGAUCAGUAAGAGCUACACCAGUGUGGAGUGGAGGGAGGAUCUGAAGACCAUCCUGAGGAAGUCCACAGCCACGGAACAACAUGGAGUCUUCCUUUUCACUGACACACAGAUCAAAGAAGAAUCGUUCCUGGAAGACGUGAACGGUCUCCUGAACGCGGGUGAGGUACCCAACCUGUUCGCCCUGGAUGAGAAGAACGAGAUCUGUGAGAAGAUGAGAACCCUGGACAGACAGCGGGAGAAGUCCAAACAGACAGACGGCACGCCGCAGGCUCUGUUUAACUACUUCAUCGAGCGCUGCCGGGACCAGCUGCACAUCGUGCUGGCCAUGAGUCCCAUCGGAGACGCCUUCCGCAACCGUCUGAGGAAGUUCCCGUCACUGGUCAACUGCUGUACCAUUGAUUGGUUCCAGGAAUGGCCUGAAGACGCCCUGGAAGCUGUGGCCACCCGUUUCCUGGAGGAUGUGGAGAUCGACCAGCAGACUCGCCUGGCCUGCAUCACACAGUGUAAGAAGUUCCACACGGGAACACGCGUCCUGUCCACACGCUUCCUCAACACCCUGGGCCGGCACAACUACACCACUCCUACAUCCUACCUGGAACUCAUCACAACAUUCAAGACUCUACUGGACAAACGCAGAACUGAGGUGAUGAAGAUGAAGCGUCGUUAUGAAGUCGGGCUGGAGAAGCUGAAGUCUGCUGCAGACCAGGUGGGCGUGAUGCAGCAGGAACUGCAGGCUCUGCAGCCACAGCUCAUCGUCGCCAGUAAGGAGGUCGACGAGAUGAUGGUCAUCAUCGAACGGGACUCCAUCGAGGUCGCCAAGAAGGAGAAGGUGGUGAAAGCUGACGAGGCAGUAGCCAAUCAGCAGGCAGCAGCAGCCAAGGCCAUUAAGGACGAGUGUGAUGCUGACCUGGCCGAGGCCAUCCCCAUCCUGGAGUCUGCUCUGGCUGCUCUCAACACUCUCACACCUGCUGACAUCACAGUGGUGAAGUCCAUGAAGAGCCCCCCUGCCGGUGUGAAACUGGUGAUGGAGGCUGUGUGUGUGCUGAAGGGGGUCAAACCUGACAGGAUUCCUGACCCCUCAGGAUCAGGUAAGAAGAUUGAGGAUUUCUGGGGCCCGUCCAAACGUGUCCUUGGUGACAUGAAGUUCUUACAGGGUCUCAUGGACUAUGACAAGGACAACAUUCCACCAGCCAUCAUGAAAAUCAUCCGUACCAAGUACAUCACCAACCCUGAGUUUGACCCUGACAAGAUCAAGGUCGCCUCCACUGCUGCUGAGGGUCUGUGCAAGUGGGCACGUGCCAUGGAGUCUUACGACAAAGUGGCAAAGGUUGUGGCCCCCAAGAAAAUCAAACUGAAGGAGGCGGAGGCAGAACUGGCAGUCGCCAUGGGAGAACUCAACCAGAAGAGAGCCGCUCUGAAGGAAGUUCAGGACAAACUAGCCCGUCUGCAGGAGAAGCUGGAGGCUAACAAGGCUAAGAAGGCCGACCUGGAGAACCAGGUGGAUAUGUGUACCAAGAAACUGGAGAGAGCUGAGCAGCUGAUUGGUGGACUGGGUGGAGAGAAGGACAGGUGGACCCAGAUGGCUAAGGAGCUGGGAGAACAGUACACUAACCUGACAGGUGACGUGCUGGUGUCAUCAGGUGUGGUGGCUUACCUGGGCGCAUUCACCUCCAUAUUCAGACAGGACCAGGCCACAGAGUGGUACCAUGAGUGUAAGGAGCUGGGCAUCCCAGCGUCCGCAGACUUCUCCCUGAGCGCGACCUUGGGUGACCCUGUGAAGAUCCGUGCCUGGAACAUUGCAGGUCUGCCCACAGACACAUUCUCCAUAGACAACGGUAUCAUCAUCAGUAACUCCCGGCGCUGGCCCCUGAUGAUUGACCCUCAGGGUCAGGCCAACAAGUGGGUGAAGAACAUGGAGAAGGCCAACAACAUCCACGUCAUCAAACUGACAGACGGAGACUUUGUCAGAACUCUGGAGAACUGCAUCCAGUUUGGCACUCCGGUAUUGUUGGAGAAUGUUGGUGAGGAGUUGGAUCCAAUCCUGGAACCCCUGCUGCUGAAACAGACCUUCAAACAGGGCGGCAGUCUGUGUAUCCGUCUGGGCGACUCCACCAUCGAGUACUCGCAGGACUUCCGCUUCUACAUCACCACCAAACUGCGCAACCCACACUACCUGCCUGAGACUGCUGUCAAGGUUACACUGUUGAACUUCAUGAUCACUCCUGAGGGUCUGGAGGACCAACUGCUGGGUAUCGUGGUGAGGUGUGAGAGACCUGAGCUGGAGGAAGAGAAAAACCAGCUGAUCGUUCAGUCUGCUGAAAACAAGAAACAACUCAAGGAGAUCGAGGACAAGAUUCUGGAGGUUCUCUCCGCGUCAGAAGGAAACAUCCUGGAAGACGAGACUGCCAUCAAGGUGCUGUCCUCCUCCAAGGCUCUCGCCAACGAAAUCUCAGAGAAGCAGGCCAUCGCCGAGGAGACGGAGAAGAAGAUCGACACGGCGCGUCUGGGCUACAUCCCCAUCGCAAAACAUUCCACCAUCUUGUUCUUCUCGAUCACGGAUCUGGCUAAUAUUGAGCCCAUGUACCAGUACUCUCUCACCUGGUUUGUCAACCUCUUCAUCAUGUCCAUUGAGAACUCUGAGAAGGCAGAAGAUCUGGAGAAGAGACUGAAGAACCUGCGUGAACACUUCACCUACUCCCUGUACUGUAACAUCUGCCGGUCACUGUUUGAGAAAGACAAGCUGCUCUUCUCUUUCAUUCUCACCAUCAACUUACUCAAAGGUGAAGGAAAGAUCCAGGAGGAAGAGUGGCGUUUCCUGCUGACAGGUGGUAUCGGCCUGGAUAACCCCUACUCUAACCCCUGCACCUGGCUCCCUGCUAAGUCCUGGGAUGAGUUCUGUCGUCUGGAUGAGCUGGACCACUACAAGGGCAUCAGGAAGAAGUUCACUCAGUACAAGGAUGCCUGGAAGGAGGUGUACGACAGUUCUGAGCCCCAUGUCUCUACCUACCCUGCUGAAUGGGCCAGCAUGGACAAUUUCAAGCGUAUGCUCGUCAUGCGAUGUCUGCGUCCGGACAAGAUCGUGCCCAUGGUCCAGGACUUCGUCACCGCCGAGCUGGGCAAGAAAUACGUGGAGCCGCCGCCGUUUGACCUUGGGAAGGCGUUCGGGGACAGCCACUGCUGUGCACCGCUGAUCUUUGUGCUGUCCCCUGGUGGGGACCCCAUGGCUGCCCUGCUGAAGUUUGCAGAUGACAUGGGCUUUGGUGGCACCAAGAUGGACUCCCUGUCUCUGGGACAGGGUCAGGGGCCCAUCGCCAUGCGCAUGUUGGACAAGGCCAUGAAGGAGGGGCUGUGGACCGUCCUGCAGAACUGCCAUCUGGCCGUGUCCUGGAUGACCACUCUGGAGAAGUUCUGUGAGGAACUGAACCCAGACACUGUCCACCCUGACUUCCGCCUGUGGCUGACCAGUUACCCCUCGGAACACUUCCCAGUCACUGUGCUGCAGAAUGGUGUCAAGAUGACCAACGAGCCCCCCAAAGGUCUGCGUAUGAACGUGGUGGGAUCCUUCCUCAUGGACCCAAUCUCAGACCCAGACUUCUUCGGUGGCUGCAAACAACCUAAAUACUUUAAGAAGAUGUUGUACGGUCUCUGCUUCUUCCACGCCCUGGUGCAAGAGCGGCGUAAGUUUGGUCCUCUUGGAUGGAACAUCCCGUACGAGUUUAACGAGACAGACCUGCGUAUCAGCGUCCGACAGCUGAAGAUGUUCCUGGAUGAGUAUGAGGACGUUCCGUACCCUGCGCUGCGGUACCUGACCGGUGAGUGUAACUACGGUGGGCGUGUGACAGACGACAGAGAUCGCCGCACACUCAACACCAUCCUCAACAAGUUCUACUGUCCUGAGAUCUGCCAGGACGGGUACAAGUUCUCACCCAGCGGGCAGUACUACGCUCCAGAGGAGGGAGAGUCGACAGACCACUACCUGGAGUACACCAAGAGCCUGCCCCUGAUCCCAGCCCCGGAGGUGUUCGGUAUGCACUCCAACGCUGACAUCACCAAGGACCAGGGAGAAACCAACGUCAUGUUCAACAGUAUCCUCCUCACACAGGGGAGGGCAUCGUCAGGAGGCGGCAAAUCCGAGGACGAGCAGAUCUACUCGGUGGCCGGCGACAUCGUGGCCAAGCUGCCCAAGAACUUUGACACGGACGCGGUUCUGCGGAAGUACCCGACGUCGUACACACAGAGCAUGAACACUCUGCUGGUGCAGGAGAUGACUCGCUUCAACGCCCUGCUGUCAACCAUCAGGAGCAGUCUGCAGAAUGUGCAGAAGGCCAUCAAGGGUCUGGUGGUGAUGUCUUCAGACCUUGAGGAGGUAGUGAACAGCAUGCUGCAGGGUAAGAUCCCCGGGAUGUGGAUGAAGAAGUCUUACCCCAGUCUCAAACCGCUGGGCAGCUACGUCAACGACUUCUUCACCAGACUCAAGUUUCUCCAGGACUGGUACGAUGGUGGGCCUCCCCCAGUCUUCUGGAUCUCUGGUUUCUUCUUCACCCAAGCCUUCAUGACCAGCGCGCAGCAGAACUUUGCCAGGAAGUACACCAUCCCCAUAGAUCUGCUGGGCUACGAGGAGGAGGUACUGGAGGACCGCAAGUACAACGAACCGCCGGAGGACGGUGCGUAUGUCCAAGGUCUGUUCCUGGAGGGAUGUCGGUGGGAGAGGAAGACCAAGAAACUUGCCGAGUCUCAGCCGAAGAUCCUGUUUGACAAAGUGCCAGUGAUCUGGAUGAAACCAAUUAAGAAGUCUGAAAUCGAGGACGGAUCUCGCUACAUGUGUCCAGUCUACAAGACCAGUGAGCGGCGUGGUACGCUGUCCACUACCGGUCACUCCACCAACUUCGUGACCUACAUCAAACUCCCGUCCGAGCAGCCCCAGAGGCACUGGAUCGAACGUGGCGUCGCCAUUCUCUGUCAGCUAGACGAUUAGUCAUGACCUGGUUUCUUCAACCGGCAGGAGUUUGAAUUUCAGAAUUUAAGAACCGUCCACUUCAAUGGGUAGAAUUGCACAAAAUAUACUAAAGGUCUGAUUUUAUGUUUAUGUCAUGAAUGUGAAAAAAGUUAUUCUCGUGCCUACCUUUUAAUUCAUUUUUAAAAAUCUAAAACAAUUAUUGUUUGUGUAUUUCAUCAACUGUUCAAAUACAACGAUGUCAAGUACACUGUAUACACAAUUGAAGUUUACAGAACUACAACAUUGUUUGCUAUAAGUUUUGCUUCUGUGUGACAUGUUCUUUGUGAUACAUGUACUUGCAAAGCUCCAUUGUACCAAUGUUGCCAAGGGUAACAAAACCCAUCAAAACAGUCUACAUUUAUACACAACUUUUAUGUAAAUUAGCACUUGACCAUAGCACACAGCAUCUGUGAAAUUCUAUGCAACUAUUUCUGUGUGACAGAUGAAUGAAUUUUAAUGGAGUGAAACAUAAAUUUUUUAGAGCCUAAAUGGCAUCAUGCUGCUUGUGAAAUUAGAGUGUAAAGUUGUAAAUAUUUCAUACAUUUGGAGGAAUAGGAAUGGGAUACUUUCCUAGUACAAUGUGAAGUGUGGAUGGAAUUUCCUACAUCCUACACUGCAGAGUGGUUGAAAAGGGGACCAAAGUUUGACAAUUUGUGUUUGCAAGAAUUCAGUCUUGUUUUAGGAUGAGUAUAUUAUUUGUUCUUCUUAUUUUUAAUAGGACACAGCUUUUAAGUGGUCUGUUUUUAUCUGAUUUUCCAUCCUAUGCACAGUGUAACAUACUAAGUGAAGACAAGAAAAAUCUAGGAGUGUGUUCAAAGAAGUGGUUGAGGAAACAACAUGUAAUGAUAAAAGAUCUUUUCUCUACUUUUACCUGAAUGCUGUGAUAUAAUCCAUUGUGAAAUGUCAUAUUUUACUUUUUUGUGUAUAUAUGCUGGUGUUUUUGGAAAUUAAGAUUAUAUAGUCUUUCCUGUAUCAGGCUACUGAUAUAUUCACAUUGUAGGUGCAUAAGCCACACCACUGUAUUGUGAUAUACAAUGUCAUCUAAUUCUUUGGAGGGUGCCUUUUGACACUGUGUGUGCACAGCAAACUAUCUCAGUCAUCAGUGAUUGUUCUUGAGAUUUUCUACAGAAUAUAUGUAUGAUGUGAUGGCUGUAUUUUUCUAUUCGUAAAUAAGACAAGCACAGAAUCUAGCAUUUAUCACCGAUUUGUGUUGAAUAAAGAGUUGUUGUGUA